CUGUCCAGUAAUCUAGAGAGAGACGGAGAGAGAGAGUGAAGCAAACCAGGAUGAACAGUCAGAUGUCUCUCUAGUCUGUGAGUUUUGUCGCAGUGGAAUAGACGUGCACUUGUAUUGUCAAUGCUUGCACCGCUCACCAUUGUAUGUGAUUAUAAACUAUCUAUUUUAGAUUUGUAAACUUGUAGCAAGAUGUCAGAAGGUGUCUGGAGGAAACGCGUCCUCUCCACGGCUGGAGGAGCCUCGUUCACCUGCCUCGUGAUGAUGUUUCUUCUCGUCGCCGUUAUCAAACACCGGGGGACUCUCGUGGAGGAAGGUUCCACCGGGAGAGAGUUCGGGACUCGCUCCCUGCAAAGUUUAAACAGCAUGAAUAAUAAUAACCAAGCUCCAGCCGAGGAUCGGGUCGGGGAGAAAUGUCAGGCGACCCAGGUCAAGGGUUUCUCGGCGUACUUCAGUGAGUUGAGCCGGGGGAAGCGGGCGGUGGAGCACAGAGCGGUGAAGGAUCCUACACCGGUGGAGGAGCUCAGUCCGGCGGAUGUGUUCAUAGCGGUGAAAACCACCAAGAAAUAUCACCACACCAGGCUGGAUCUACUGCUGGACACAUGGAUCUCUACAAACAUGCUACAGACGUAUGUAUUCACCGACGGAGAGGAUGACAGGCUGAGGAAGAGGAUGGGGGGUCACAUGAUCAAUACGAACUGUUCAGCGGCCCACAGUCGCCAGGCUCUGUCCUGUAAAAUGGCCGUCGAAUACGACACCUUCAUCAGCUCUGGAAAGAAAUGGUUCUGCCAUGUGGAUGAUGAUAACUACGUGAACAUACGUCCCCUUGUGAAGCUCCUGUCUCACUACAGCCACACCCACGACGUCUACAUUGGCCGGCCGAGCCUCGACCGACCGCUAGAAGCCACCGAGAGGUUUGGCGACGCCCACACGCGUCCAGUGCGUUUCUGGUUUGCCACAGGAGGAGCAGGGUUCUGUGUUAGUCGAGGUCUCGCCCUCAAGAUGAGCCCCUGGGCCAGUGGAGGUAAUUUCAUGACAACAGCUGAUCGUAUUCAUCUCCCUGACGACUGUACGGUUGGUUACAUCAUCGAGGCGUUGCUAGGGGUGGGUCUUAUCCGCUCCCCACUGUUCCACUCUCACCUGGAGAACCUUCAGCUGGUGUCACCGACACAGAUACACCACCAGGUGACUCUGAGUUAUGGAACGUUUGACAGUAAGAGAAACAUAAUCAAUAUAAGAGGAGCGCUCUCAUUGGACGAAGACCCUACCAGGUUCAGGUCUGUCCAUUGUAUCUUAUACCCAGACACUCCGUGGUGUUCAGCCCUGACCUGGUACUGAGGUACUGACCCCACCAGUCCAGAGACACAGAAAGAGGGGAGAAGACGAGAGAUGGAGCAAAGACAUGGAAGGGGGCGAUGGGCAAAGGAGAGAAGUGGAGAAGAGAGACUAGAGAUAUUGAUGAAUGGACAGACAGAGGAGAGAACAGGAGAAACAGCCAAUAGCCUCCCUCUGUAUGGUUCCAGAAUGAUGAUGUCAUGAUACGGUGCCUUCUGACCAUAGAACGGCUUUCUCCAGCUCUCAUGUCCUGCUUGGUGUCACAGGGAUGGAGUUGGAUCGUUUUGGGGUUCCUAGGGCCUCGGGGGGUGGCACCUCAUGGGACGACACUGGAUCUCUCCGUCACCGGAUCCUUACGCCCUCUAACCCUUGACCUCUAACCCCUAGUCCCUCCCAGAGAGGCCUGGUGGGGGGAAGAGACGAGCGCGACGUCGUUGUGAAGUUGCUGAUUGCAGAUGGCUCUGUGUGUUGCAGCUCUAACAGAGAGCCUCUGUUUUAAGGCUGUUGUGUCGCUCCGCUUUGUAGCCUGAGUUCCAGUCUGUUUUUGUGCUGUCAUCAACUCCUUGCCACGAACUCAAUGUCACGUUUGUCUCGUCCACGACGGCGAUGUAGUUGGCAUGGUAACACAAACAGAUCUGGGACCAGGCUAUCUAUUUUGUGAGUAGAAGUUGUCAUUUUUUCCCCCCCUUGGUUGCUAAGGAGAAUGGUUCUACAUCCUCUUUGGUGUUCCACGUUCCUCUUCCUGCAUCUUGGUUGCUAAGGAGAAUGGUUCUACAUCCUCUUUGGUGUUCCACAUUCCUCUUCCUGCAUCUUGGAGGCUGAAGGAUGUACAAACUGUGUACUGUUU